AUGUUUCAGUCCCAACAUGCCUCAACGUCCCAACCAAAUGCGUUCACGAUUGAUUCUCUAAAUCAAGAACAAAAAUACGUUCCAGGGUAUCUGUUAUCGACUACACAGGGAAAAAGUGUCUCCGGAUUCUCCAACUUUAAUAACCCUCCUCUUCUCCCAGAGCCCGUGGCACGAGACCAUGGCCAGUCGACCCAAUUCGGGACUGGCUCACUAUAUGCUCGGCCACCUCCAAAAGCUCGUGACCGCACUGCGCCGAUAGUAGAUGACGAUGCACCACCCACCGAAUCACUUCUCGAGGGCGGAAACUUCAACUUUUCUCAACAGCAUCAACAAGCCCAUCUCCAACAAACUCUUCGACCCACUCUUGCUUCAACUUCUGUCUCAACUAUUGGCAAAGGGGCUGCUCCUACGCAGAACCACGAUGGCGCAGUAGCAGUUCUGGUAUCCGGAUUUUAUCCGGACCGUGCCCAUAGUGUGAUAUCUCAGUUCACCGCGAUCGGGGAGAGUUCCGCACCAGAAAUGCCAGCAGAGGGUGGAAAUUGGUUCAAGAUUACUUACCUCAAUCCAUGGGACGGCGCUAGGGCCUUGAGGCGAGACGGGGAUAUAAUCAACGGGGAUAUGAUGAUUUCUGUUCGGCUAGUCGAUCCUUCGCAAGCAUCUAUGCUUGGCGAAACUACACCUAGGCUAGCGAUUACCGCUGCACCUACGGAACCCACUCCUAAAAGCCCAGCCUUGCAAACUUCGCAUGCGCCCACAGCUUUUGGUCGAGCCGCAACUCUUGCGCCAUCAGCUUCCGCAUUCAGAUCUACCGCGCCAGUGACAGCUCAAACGCGACCUACCGCAGCGUCUGCUCCAGGCGCUGACUGGGGUGUAAGGAACCAGCAAGAGGGGGCCCAGGAGAACCAGUCUCAGUCUGGUGUGAUGGGAAAGCUUUCGGAUAUGAUAUUUGGCUGGUAG